AUGAUAGCAAGAGUUCUGGAGCAGCGAAAUGCCUUGUCCAAGAUUCUUUCUGCAGACCGUAAAGUUCGACACCUACUGCCCUCAUGGCAAGAUCUGGAGAUCCUGGAAGUUGUGAACAAGGCACUCAGCCCACUCCAGGACUUCACGGAUGCCCAGUCGGAGAGUCCUAAACCUGUGGUGAUUAUAAAGCCUGAUACACAGGUGUUCAGAGGAGAGAGAGUGACUUUCAGGUGUGACAUGAAGAGAGGAGGAGACACUGAGUGGACAUAUGAGUGGUAUAGAGACGGUUACACAUUCUCCCCAUACAGCACAGCACAGGAGUUUACAGUCACAGAUAAUUAUUACUCCAGUGGUAAAUACACCUGCAGAGGGAGGAGAAGAGACUCUCAGCUCUCACAGAUCAGUGAUCCUGUUACACUCUCUGUAUCAGAAAAACCCAAAGCUGUGAUCACAUCAAGUCCUAAAGGAGACGUCCUGACAGGAAACUCAGUGACUCUGACCUGUACACUGAAUGUGCAGUCUGCUGGAUGGAAGUUUUACUGGAUCACACCCACACAGAGCACUGAGACUGAGACUGCAGCACAGUACAACUCCUACUACUACUACUACUACUACUCCCUCUACACCAUCAGAUCAGUUAGUGUCUCUGAUAGAGGUCAGUACAAGUGCAGAGCUGGAAGAGGAAACCCAGUCUACUACACACAAUACAGUGAUGCACUCUGGGUAAAUGUUAUUGGUGAGUAA